AUGGCAGACUGCAGGUCCGAGGUCAAACCAUCAUUCAACUUCACAUCCCACGCAUCACUCUCGCCCUUCACCGUGCCAUACAAGACAUACAUUGCCAACCGGCUUAACGCUCGGUCCACGAAAACGACGCCCACGUCCCGACACGAGAACCAACGCCAGUACGAAUACCAGCACGUCGCAGUCGGAGCGUUGGUCUUUUCUCGGUUCGACCCUCGACUUCCCUUCCAGGUCGAUUCUCACGUCGACUCUCACGUCGAUUCUACCGCGAGUGCAAAUGCAACUAUCACCUCCAGCAAUCAACCCUCCGAGGCAGGGCCAGUAUUAGACCCAGACCCAGAAUCACACCUCGACCUCGACCUCAAACUCGACCCACGCAUCCUCCUCCUCCGCCGCUCCUCACACGACAGCAUGCCCCUCCGCUGGGAACCCCCGGGCGGAGCCUGCGACGUUGAUGACCCAAGCAUCCUGCACGCCUGUGCCCGCGAGUUAUGGGAGGAAGCCGGUCUCGUGGCGAGGUCGAUCCUCGGUGUCGUCAGCACGGAGGGCCGCGUGUUUUGGACGAGAAGUGGCAAGGCGGUGUGUAAGUUUGAGUUUGUCGUCGAUGUCGAUGUCGAUGUCGAUGUCGAUGUCGAUGUCGAUGUCGAGGUCCACGUGAAUGGGACAGCAGGACCGCCACCACCAUCAUCGCCCCUGCCGCCCCGCGUGACGUUGGAUCCCAAUGAGCAUGUGGAUUUCGUGUGGGCUACGGAAGGAGAGUGCCUGGCUGGGCGGACGAGGAGGGGUUCCCAGGACGUGGAACUGGUGUUCACGAAUGAGGCACAGAAAAUGGUCAUCUUGGAGGGGUUUCGACUUGUAAGGAACAUGAUGCAUCCAAAGCACGCUGAAGAAGCAGAGAGACCGGUUGUGUCAUGA